AUGUUAAUAAAAUGGCCAUUCAGUGGGUGUGUUUUGUUGAUUCGAGCAUUAGCAAUACUUGCGACCGCAGCAAGUGUGGCACUUUCCAUUACCAUACUGAGCAAAAGCUCUCAUCAGAAAUGUUUUAACAAGCCGGCUCUCAUCGUUUUGACAUGCGGAUUGUCGCUCCUCGCAGUUGUACAGUCCAGUUGUAUCAAGAGAAAGACUGGCUUGAGUUGGGUAUUGAUAUUUUCCCAGCUGUUGUGUCUAGGUUCUGCUAUUGCAUAUGUGAAGUUUUUACUUGAGGGACUGCCGAGGUCUUCACUGACACCGACGGAAAUGCAUCUCACCAUCACCCACAUUAGUGUGCUUCUGGCUGCAAUGCUGGUCAGCAAUCCAGUGUACAACUUUAACUCCAAAACGUCUGAAAAGAAGAAUAUUUCAGAUCUAGAACACGGCAAUGCGGAACCAAAGGAAGCUGCACAGGAUUUACUCGAGCAGAGAACAGUAGCCAUGAAAAAUUCGGCGCAAACACUAACUCCAGAUCAAGACUACGCAGCAGUCGCAAACAACCAACAGAACUGGAUGAACAAAUACCCCUCAACGUAUUCCAGCUCUGAGACUAACUCUACGCAUUCCGUUUUCAAACACAAUCUGGAAUUUCAGGGCCCACAUGUACAGCUACAUCCACAAGAUGCUCUUCUUCCAACGACGUCGAAUACAGAUGGUCUCCCCAAGACCUCGAACAAAUCUAAGAUGGGAGUAUUUGCGCGCUUGAGGUCCAAAAGCAAAUCUGCUGAACGUUCACCCGUAACGGGGCCCGCUAAGGACCUCCAGGCCCGCUACGUAACAAGGCUUUCCACCAUUCAAGACACAUCAAAGAGUUUGAUAAACGUUGCACACAAUUCACACAAUCUUGAAGCCAGCUCCAAGAGUAUUCGCUCCAGCUUUGUAUUCAAUGACAAUCAGAAGCAGUGCCGUCUCGACGACACUGAACUUUCCAUGGAGAGGCACGCAAUCCACAGAAUAAACAGUGCUCUUUUGCCACCCUUCUUACAAGGGUACGAGAAUAAAACAUCUGUAGCGAGUGGAAUUAGCCCUUACGAGCUCACGCCUCCUACAAGCUCGGUAGACGAUGACGUUGUCGACAUUUUGAGAAACAACGACUUAGAAGACAUCCCUCAAAUUUCCGAUAAUUUUAUUGAUAAAAACGAAGUCCAAGAAACCCGCUCACCGGCAUUACUGCAAAGCGUCAGUUUGACUGACUGGCAACUAAACCAAUCAAAGUUCUUGCACAAUGAGAGGCUUUUAGAUCAAAACAACCCCAAACUAUUACCUGGCUUCGAACUAAGAGCCACGGACAAAUUACACCCUCCUCAAGAAUACAGCUUCCCGCUUGCAAAACCCAAAGUCAAUUUCGAAAACCUAUAUCGACAAGACAGUGGUGAUGCCAUGAGCGAACUCGAUGUCUUUUUGAAACAGGAAAGCGUCGAAGAAAGGAACGUGACAGGACAAAUGAUGAGCGAGGUCUUGAGUCAGGAGGAUUCAAUCGCCAACUCCCGAAGGCUUUCAAAAACUUUGGACACCCUUGGAGGACCACACUCCCCUACUAAAUCUAUCACUUCCAUCUUGACGAAUUCAGCAGCUGGAAGCAUCAAAUACACUUCAAAGUUUGGCUCGGUAUUCACGAAUGCUGGUAAUUCGACCAUGCCACACCAAACCGUACAUUCGCGCUCCAACUCUCAACUAACUGCAUUUUUACAUUCAGCUGCCACUCUGAACAACUUGAACUAUUCUACACAGUCGUCUCCCACAAAGAGUAGUCGAUUGCGACGCAUGAGCAAAAAGGUGUCAUUGUCCAACAUAUCUUUCAAGCAUGAGAACGAAGAUAGCUUCAAUGGACAUGCGAGGGACAACAGCAUCGAUUUCAGCUACGUAUACACCCUCCAGAGCAAACACUCGCCAUCGAAGUCUCUCUCUUCUGUAUCUCGGCGCAACAGCGCGAUUCUACAAGGUGAUCGAAGUUUACGUACUGCUAGCGCACUUUUCGAGUGUGGAACACAAAAAGGAAAUGAGCACGCCAACAAGCUUCCGAACCAAACUCUUGAAGUGCCUGACAUCAAUGAUGACGGAUGUGAAGAUCAAGAAAGUGUUUUGAGCUCUUCUUCGAAACGAAGUGGCACCGACUACCCUCAAGCUGUUAUCGGUGAGUACGACCGUGAAAAGUGGACCACUCUUCAAAGCUUAUCGUUGAUCGAUGAGCCAUGA